AUGCUGCAGACUAUGAUGAGUGAACCCAAAGAGGGCGAAGUUGUUGCACAAGAAGAAAGAGUGCAACCAAUUUUGAAACCACCUCUUUCAUUCCCUCAAAAGUUCAAGAAACAGAAGGAGGAUGAAUGUUUUGGUAAGUUCCUCUCUCUUUUGAAACAAGUUCAUAUUAACUUGCCAUUGGUAGAUGUUUUGGAGGAUAUACCCAAGUAUGCGAAAUACGUGAAGGAGAUUGUGGUGAAUAAAAGGAGGCUGAAAGAAUAUGAGACUGUUGCACUUACUGAAGAGUGCAGCUCCAGAAUCCAAAAUAAGUUUCCCACUAAAUUGAAAGAUUCGGGUAGCUUUACGGUUCAGAUCACUAUAGGGCAGAUCAUUCAUGCGCUAGGAUUGUGUGAUCUAGGAGCUAGUAUAAACUUGAUGCCGACAUCUUUGCACAAAAAGUUAGGGUUGGGUAGUCCUAAACCUACUACUAUUAUCUUACAGUUGGCUGAUAGAUCUAUAGCUAGGCCUGAGGGUGUUUUAGAGGAUGUGUUAGUGCAAGUAGGAUCAUUGAUUUUCCGAGUAGAUUUUAUUGUGCUAAACAUUGAGCCAGACCCUGAGGUCCCAUUCAUCCUAGGAAGACCUUUCUUGGCUACUGGGAGGGCGAUGAUAGAUGUAGCAGCUGGGCAACUCACUAUGCAGGCCCAUGAUAUGGUGGAGGUUUUCGACGUGUAUAAAGCUUUAAAACUGCCAGUUGUGUAUGAAGAGUUGGCUGCCAUAACUGAGAUAGAUCUUGAGGCAGAAGCUCGCUACAUUGCAUCUAAGGACCCUCUAGAGCGAGAAAUUGUGCAAUUUCUUGAUAUGGAACUUAUAGGUACAUCUGGAAAGCGAUGGGAGCCUCUAAAUAGGGUGUUGGGUCCUCCACCAAAGCCCUUCAUUGAAGAAGCACCCAAGGUGGUAGCAACAUUAAUCAUCUUGAAAAAGAGGAAAGCAGCUUUGGGGUGGCAAAUGUCCGACAUCCAUGGUAUUAGUCCCGCACUAUGCAUGCAUAAAAUAUACAUGGAGGAAGGGCAUAAGCCGAGUGCACAGCAUCAGCAGAGACUAAAUCCAUUGAUGAAGGAUGAGGUGAGAAAAGUGGUAAUCAAGUGGCUGGAUGCAGGGAUUGUGUACCCAAUAUCAAACAGCAAAUGGGUAAGUCCAGUACAGUGUGUGCCCAAGAAGGGCGGAAUGACGGUGGUAACAAAUGAGAAGAAUAAGUUGAUCCCCACAAGAACAGUGACUGGGUGGCGGAUUUGCAUGGACUACAGAAAGUUGAAUGACACCACCAGAAAGGACCAUUAUCCGGUACCUUUCAUUGAUCAAAUGUUGGAUAGGAUGGCAGGUCAGGAAUACAAUUGUUUCCUUGAUGAUUAUUUAGGGUAUAAUCAGAUCAUCAUUGCACCAGAAGAUCAGGAGAAUAAUACAUUCGCUUGCCCGUAUGGCAUGUAUGCAUGCAAGCGCAUGCCAUUCGGCUUGUGCAAUGCCCCAGCCACAUUUCAGAGAUGUAUGAUGGCAAUCGUCCAUGAUAUUGUGGAGGAUUUUGUUGAAGUGUUCAUGGAUGACUUCUCGGUGUUUGGUGAGUCUUUUGAACUUUCCUUGACUAAUCUUGACAGAGUUCUUGUUAGGUGUGAAGAAACAAAUCUGUGUGGGCUGGAUGUUGACAAGGCUAAAGUGGAAGUUACUGAGAAGUUGCCACCUCCCAUCACAGUAAAGGGAGUUAGAAGCUUCCUGGGACAUGUUGGGUUUUACAGGAGGUUCAUCAAGGACUUCUCUAAGACUGCAAGACCUAUGUGCAGCCUGUUAGAGAAAGAGAUGAAGUUUGUGUUUGAUGAAAAGUGUUUGCAGCUUCCUUUUGAGCUUAUGUGUGACACCAGUGACAUAGCUGUUGGGGCAGUACUUGAGCAGAGAAAAGAGAAGAUGUUCCAUUACAUCUACUAUGCGAGCAAGACACUUGAUGCAGCUCAAUCGAAUUACACUGUGACUAAAAAAGAAAUGCUGGCAUUAGUGUUCGCACUUGAGUUUGAUCUUGAGAUAAAGGACAGGAAGGGAACUGGGAACCAGAUAGCUGAUCAUUUGUCUAGACUGGAGGAUUCAACUCAUGUGAAGAAUGGGGGGCAGAUUCGUGAAGAGUUUCCUGAUGAGCAAUUGCUUACUUUGGACAUUGCUAGAGUGCCUUGGUAUGCUGAUAUUGUGAAUUUUCUGAUGAUAAGAAGGUGUAUAGCUGAGCAGGAGGUGACACAAGUGUUGGAGAGUUGUCACUCUUCACCAUAUGGUGGACACCACGAAGGAGAACGAACUGCGCAUAAGGUAUUGCAAUCUGGUUUCUUUUGGCCUACUCUGUUUAAAGAUGUUGCUUUGUUUGAGAAAGGUUGUGAUCAGUGUCAGAGGAUGGGAACCAUUUCGAGGAGGCAUGAGAUGCCAUUGAGCAAUAUACUGGAGGUUCAGAUCUUUGAUGUCUGGGGGAUAGACUUUAUGGGACCAUUCCCAUCGUCCCGUGGUAAUCAAUACAUCCUAGUCGCAGUGGACUACGUGUCUAAGUGGAUGGAGGCAGUUGCACUACUAUCCAAUGAUGCAAAAGGGUUGUGA